AUGGACUUGGGCGUGGACCAUGUCAAGAAUGGAAUCUUCCAGCAAAUCUUGGCCUGGUUGACCCUCUGCUUUCGGUACUGCUGGAAGAAGAUCAAAGGUGGCGAUAGCAACGAGGACGGCGCUCUCGACGUGGUGGAUGUCGUGGACCCGUCGGGUGGAAACAAGUUUACCACUCAGUUGGGUCAAGGCGGAGGAGCGAAUACUGGAGUUGUAGCUGGCGCCACGGGAAUGGCCGCUGCCGGUGCUGGAACCAGUGCUGGAGCCGGUGCUGGAGCCGGUGCUGGAGCCGCUAACGCGUCCACCGUGGUGGGACAAAUGGCUACGCAGGCUGCUACGAGUGCUGCUGGUGCCACUGCGACCGCCACUUCCGCUGCAGCUGCGAGUGCCGGCUUUGCAGCUUCAGUGACAAGUGCUGUGGCUUCAUUUGGGGUGGCUUCGCAGAUUGGAAUGGCUCUGGGAGUUGUUGCUGUGUCGGCUGCAGCCAUCAGCGGUGGCAUGGCAAUCAAGGAAGCGGUUAGCGUUGACGCAAAUGCCACUGCGCCUGCUGUUGUCGAUGAUAGCGUAUGGGUCCCCCCCAACUGCUCCCCUACUUCCCAGCUCAAGGAGGGCUUUGUCGAAUUGAAGAUCCGGGGCAUGCCCGAGGAUGCCUUGCCACAGCACAAAGAAACACUAGAAGCAAUCUUUCGUGAUCUCUACAACAAUCUUACAGGAAUGUGUUUGGAUCCCUUCUCGCGCGUCCUCCACGAAGCAGAACUGCGAGACUGGACUACAGAAGAAACUGUGGUUCUCGUCGAAGAUAUUGACCAAGUAUUGGAUAUCAAUGGGACCACGACUAAUACAAACAAUGCUACCAACGGAACCAUACAAAAACAGACCAGUAACAACACCAGUGAAACCACCAAUGAUGCGACUACUGAGCAACCGAAUAGCACUUUCCCAAGUAGUGGCAAUACAAGUGGUUUGGCACCCAGCCUGUCCAGGCGACGCCUGCAGCUGCAAGCCCAAAUUGACAUGUCCCAGUUCUUCAAUUUGUUCGCUGCAUCCUUUGGGUACAGUAUUGAGCCAGUGUUGUUUGAGAUUGGAAUAUCAGGACCCGGGCAAUCAACCUUGCAGGUUGUUUUUGCGACUACCAUGGCUGUCUCGUCUGGGGAUCGUGGUGAGGAGUCAGAAGUAGUGGUGCUUUCCAUAGGCAAUGCUGAGAUUGAGCCUCACAUUGAGGCAGUGGAAGAGAAUGAAAGCAUCCUAAUGACUCCAUUCAUAUCUGAUGAAUUAGCACUCCUGGCCGAGUGUGUUUCAGAGGACAAAGUUGAAGAAGACCCCACGGACAAAGAUGAACUGUGUAAGCAGCUUCAACAGGUGAUUGCAUUGGAGACCAAUGCUGCUGGAGAAAACAUUGAUGAAAAAGCUUUGGUUGCCUGUUUCGAGACUCCAACCAACCCUGUCUGUCAAGAAGUACUGGCUGCUGCUUUAGAUGCUGUUGCCAAUAAUCAAGAUGUUGAUUCAUUUAAUGCUGACGUGGGCAACACUGAGGGAAUCAACACAUCUGACAACAGUAACUCAAAUCAAGAUAUUGAUUCUGUUAAUAGUGCCACAUCAGGCACAGAGGAGGGUGUUCUUGCCCAUGACAAUGAUUCAGACAAAGGAGCAGGCAACCAACAAGGUGACUCUGCCAGUGACACUGGAGGUGGAGGUGAUGACACAGCUGAUGGCCCUGUGGCUGGUCCUGUUGGAGGAAUUGGAAUCCCAACCAACAAGAUGCCAACAGUUGAGAGUUCUGCUUUUGCUUCCAGUCCAGCUGCUAACUAUCCGUCAACCAUAUAUGAAGAUUCCAUGGGCAAUGCCCUGGCACCCUCUGCAAUGGGUUAUGCUGGGGAACCGCCAAGUCCUGAUUCAACUGCAUCCCUAGGUUGGGAAAGUGACACCCCUGCUGUCACUACAGACUUUUCACAUGCUCCUGGAUUCUACCCACCUUCCAGUAUAGGGAGUGGUCAGGACAUUGGUGUCCAGCCUGCAUCCCAACAAUUCAUGAGCCCGGCCAGUCCUGGUGGAACCCCUGGGCUCAACCCAAGUCCCCAAGGAGGAGAUUUUGAUUCUGUUGCAGGGGUUCAACCCUCUGCAAAGAAACCAACAAGCCCAGGAGAUCUAGGGUCUGCUCCUAGUGGUCAAGGUUUGGAGCCUGCAGCUAUUCCACAAGCAGCAAGCUUAGCUUCUGCUGUGCCAAACCCUGCAUUUCAACUUGAUCCAACAGCUUCCCAACCUUUGUCACCCAAUUUGGUUGUUCACACAGGUGGCCAAGCUCACGCCCCGAACUCCCUUCAGUCAAACCCAACCAUUCUCAUUCCAGGCAGUCCCAUACUUCUUGUUGUUCCACCUGAGAGCCCAACUAUCAUGAGUCAGUCAAGCCCAGUGGCAAAUCAAGCACUGUUAGCACCAGCUGCUUCUCCCAAUCUGAAUGUUCCACCUUCACAGGCCAAGCUUCCAUCAGUUAAACAAUGCUCCAGCUGUCUUGCCACCAGCUCCUUCUGGUGCAUUUUCAGAUGUUUCAAAAGCAAGGGACGAUGUGACUGGAUGGCCCACUGCUAG